AAGGGACACGUACAGGGAAUCCUAAUCCUAUUAUUAUUAUUAAAAGUAAUAAUUAAAAAUUAAAGAAUGAUUACGUGUCUCAUGAUCUUUUUAUUCAUAUAUAUAUAUUUAUUGAUAUUGGAAACAUAACAAACUUAUAUCAAAAUUUGAGGAGAAAAAAAUUUAUAAGGAUUCCGUCAAAUCUCUUGUUUGUUGGGUGAAUGUGGUUGUUCUAGGGCUUUUUCUAUUAUUCCGAUCACUGAACUCUUGUUCGAUGUAACAUAUAUACACCAAACUACUUAUUAUUUGUGUAAAAAUAUAUGUUUGUAUAGUAUGGAGGUAGGUGGGGAUUGGGAAUGCUCAAAGGAAAACAAGCCACGUGGAGGGGACAAUGAUGGGUUCUUUGGAAACCUUGGAACUACACAGGUAAGUAGUAUUACUACUACUAAUGUAAAUGGUACAUGUGUUUUGGCAUUAGAUCAUAAUUCUGACAACAGGGUCAGUGAAAUUGGUGUUUCUACUAAUCAAAUUCAAAGGUGCAGAAAGAAGAGAGGUUGUAAUUUGUCUAAAUCACCUCGUUCAUCUGUUUGGGGAACAUUGGAAAAUCUUACACAGAUCUUUGGGAAUACUAAGAAAGGGACAAAAUCAUCUGCUGCUUCAAAUAAUAACAACAAUAUUCGUUUCAAGGUAAGUUCUGUUAUGACUGCCAAUGGUUGUGAAGAGGAAAAAUUACUUAAUCCAUUAACAAUGAACAAAUCUAAACUAAGUGAGAAUCUUAUUUCAUCAGCUACUGCUACUGUUUUUGCUGAGACAUUCCAAGUUAAAAGUGGUACAAAAGUUGAAAUACCAAGUUCUGUUGUUGGUUCUAAUAAUGGGGACCAAGAUUUUCCUUUGUGUAAUGCUUGGGUGCGUUGUGAUUAUUGUCAUAAAUGGCGGUGCAUACCAUCUAAAGAUGCAGAUACUAUAGAAGAAAUUAAGUGCACAUGGAUAUGUAAGAACAACAUGGAUAAAGCCUUUGCUGAUUGCUCAAUCCCUCAAGAGAAGUCUAAUAAAGAUAUUAAUGCAGAAUUGGGAUUAUCAGAAGAGGAAGAAGAAGAAGAAGAAGAUGUCAAGCCUCCAACUGCUGUGCCUGCGUGUGUUACUAUUAGGACUAAUCAAUAUCUUCACCGCAGUAGGAAAACACAGACAGUUGAUGAGAUGAUGAUCUGCCAAUGCAAGCCACCUUUAGAUGGUCGGUUAGGUUGCGGUGAUGAUUGCCUGAAUCGAGUACUAAACAUUGAAUGUAUGCAAGGAACAUGUCCAUGUCGAGACCUUUGUUCAAACCAGCAGUUUCAGAAACGAAAGUAUGCAAAAUUGGAGAAGUUUAGAUGUGGGAAAAAAGGUUAUGGGCUUAAGUUUCUUGAGGAUGUAUCUAAAGGAAAUUUUGUUAUUGAGUAUGUUGGGGAAGUACUUGAUAUGCAAUCUUAUGUGUUGAGGCAGAAGGAGUAUGCUCUGAAAGGACAUAAACAUUUCUACUUUAUGACACUUGAUUGCAAUGAGGUCAUAGAUGCAUGUGUAAAAGGAAAUAAAGGAAGGUUUAUCAACCAUAGUUGUGAACCAAAUUGUCAAACUGAAAAGUGGAUGGUGAAUGGUGAGAUUUGUGUAGGACUCUUUGCAUUGAGAGAUAUAAAGAAAGGUGAAGAGGUUACAUUUGAUUACAACUAUGUCAGGGUGUUUGGAGCUGCUGCAAAAAAGUGUUAUUGUGGUUCUAACCAAUGCAGGGGUUAUAUUGGUGGUGAUCCUCUUGAUAAGGAGGAUGGUAGUCUUGAAAGUGAUUCAGAUGAAGCCAUGAACAGUUCAUGUAGUGAUGUCAUAAUAGCACCUAUUUCUGAGUCCGAUGUUUCCCAACAAAGAGAAGAUGUUACUCAAAAACUCAUUCCAUCUGCUCUUAAAAGAUUGUCAAGCUCUUCUCAGAAAUUCAAUCGAAUUUCGCCUGUUGAGAUGAUCAGCAAGUCUGGCAUAGCCAAUGAUAGGUUGCUUUCUUCUAAAGCUCAUCCUAAUAUGAAAAAAGGAAAAGUUAAGACUAAUCCCCCAAAUGCUAGCAAAGUUCUGAUGAAGCCCAGAAAAGCAAUAGAAGGAUCUUUUGGUAGCUGCUUCUAUGAAGUUGAGGAGAAACUUAAUGAUUUGCUUGAUGAUAAUGGGGGAAUAAGUAAGCACAAAGAUGCCCCCAAAUUCUACUUAAAGCUUUUAUAUCAUACUGCCAAAUCGGGUGAUAAUACUGUCAAUGGCGAAACUAUUCAGAGAAAUAGAGAUCUUUCAAUGAUUCUUGAUGCUCUUUUGAAAACAAAAUCAAGGCUGGUGUUGAAUGAUAUAAUCAACAAUAAUGGUUUGAGAAUGCUACACAAUAUAAUGAAGCAGUACAAAGCUGACUUUAAAAAGAUACCAAUUCUUAGGAAGCUUCUUAAGGUGUUGGAGUAUUUGGCAGUUAGGGAGAUUAUUAACUGUAGACAUAUCAGCAAAGAUCCUCCUUGUCCUCAAAUGGAGAGUUUUACUGAGUCAAUUCUAUCACUGACAAAGCAUGGUGAUAAACAGGUUCAUCAGAUAGCAAGGAAUUUCCGUGACAAGUGGAUUAGAAAACAAAGUAGAAAACUUACUCAUAUGGACAGAGACGAAAACAAGACCGAACUUUCUAGGAGUUCAAACUACAACAGAUUUUCUGUCUCACAGAAUGAUUGGUCUGAUCAUGACAGGAGACCUUCAGAAGCAUUUGAUUGUGUCAAGCAACCGGUCAUCGCUUCAACUUUGGUGAGUGCAGGCAUCCAGGAGGGAAGUUCUGCAUCACAUACCAGUGUUUUGCCUAUCAAUGGGACAAGAAAUCGCAAGCGUAAAAGCAGGUGGGAUCAGGUAACAUGGGAUUAUCCAGUAGUGACAAAACCAGUAGUGAAUGAUCAGCUUGAUAAAGAUGAUGAUUUUCCACCAGGGUUCUCAUUAUCACUUGGUGUUUGUCAUGUUGGGCAACCACAGGAGAAAUUUCUCUCUGGCUCACCUGUUUCAUAUGGAAUUUCUAUGUCCAUUAUAAAGCAAUUUGGUCAAGUACCUGAAACUGGGGGGAGUUGGGUUGUUGCUCCCGGCAUGCCUUUUCAUCCUUUUCCACCAUUGCCACCACUUCCUCCUGGUGAGAAAGACUCUUCACCGGGCCAUAGGAGACAUAACAAACGACCUUAACUUACAUUAUUCAGAAGCAAAAUGCCAUUUCUUUAAGCUGUGGAGUGGAGAAAGCUGGUAACAAUUGUCAUCAGCAUCAUCCAGAGAACCACAAUCAACAUUGAUUUACUUGUUUCCUUUCUUUCAUUUCAUGUAGUCCCAAUUCUUUUAUUGCAUCCAAUAUUUUGAAUUGAUAUGAAAAUUACUAACACACAAAAAUAGGAUAAUGUUCUGAAUGAAUACAGCCUUUUUUUUAUUAUUAUUAUUUAUUUAAUUAAUUUAUGUAUCAACUGAAGCAGCUAAUGAGUAAUGAUCAGAUGACCCAUUAUUUUAUUUUAUUUCUUUCUAAAUGAAGUAGCAAAUUGACCAAA